GCAGGAGGGUCGUGGCUUUGGGGCUGGCAUGUAAGGAGGCGGUCUGGCCCCUUUGUAGAAUCGGCAACUCCUUCCUCUGCAGAGCUCAGGGAACUCCUGACAGGCUGGCUGGGGGUAGUGGCUGCCUAGGUGCUGCUGUUGUGUUGCAGGGGGAUGAAAAGGCUUCGCCCCACCAGCCUCCCAGCCCCUGUGCUAAUAACUCCAGGCAGGAAACUUGAAAUCCGAGUUUACCGAGUGAGGGCCGGUAGAGAGCAGGGGACCGUGACAGCCAUGGGGCACGGAGAGGUCAAGAAUCAUCUGGGCCUCUGUCCAUUGCCCUAGACCUCUAUCGCCUUAGACCUCUGUCUGUAAGAUUCUCAGGUAGUUGUGUCCUGUGGCUUUGUUGUGUCUAUGUGCACUUUCUCCCUCCAACUGGAGCGUGGGGCUGACGGGAGCAAAUGGGAAGACGGGGUCAAACAGGGUAAGUGGCGCCCUACAAGGUCAGACUGAGGGACUCAGACUGGGCAGGUGGGGGGUGGACGUUCGUUGCAAGCAAUAAUAAAGGGUGGGGCCCGCCUAUCACCUGGAUUCCAGAGAUGCCGUGAGUCCUGAGGCCCCAGGCAGGGCCUGCCUAGGACUGGAUCCUGGAAUGGGUAGAAAUACAGAGACGGAAGGGAGACCAUAGGGAAGAAGUUAAAAGUAAGGAACGUAGGGCUCUGACAUAGUAAACUCACAUGAGGUCUGGGAGUCAGAACUUCCGGGCUGGUUCCUGGCUAUUCCACACAUACUGAUACCCUGGGACAACAGUGUGAUCCUAGAGAGAAUCCCAGAGCUGAAGGGGACCCUGCAGAUCACUUCUUUGGGCCCUUUAUUUGAUUUGAGAUAGAAGAAACAAACCCAAACAAAGGUGUCUGAUAUGCUUACUUUGAAAUCUAACCUAGCGGUGAUGCCAAUUGCUAGUUUAGACACAACAGCUGUGUGUCUUUUUGCAGGAGCCUGGGGAGGGGCCAUGGUGCCAAGCCAAUUCUGGGGGACUCUGGAGAAGCCGCUUCUCUUCCUGUGUUGCACCUCCUUCCUCCUGGGGCUGGCUUUGCUGGGGAUACGGCCGGACAUCGCCCCUGUUGCUUAUUUCUUUCUCACCUUGGGUGGCUUCUUUUUGUUGGCCUGCCUCCUGGCCUGUGUUUUGGAAUGGGGGUCUCGAUCAGUGCAGACCGAGAGCCCAGGGGCCUCAAGCAAUGCACGGGACAAUGAAGCCUUUGAGGUGCCAACCUACGAAGAGGCCACAGUGUUGGAAUCACAGUGCCACCCCCCAGGGGCGGAUCAACCACCCUCCUACACCAGUGUUGUAAUCCCCCCAGAACUUGAGGUGAGACAGCCUAGCCAUCCAGAGGAGCCCAGGAGAGCCAGACUGGACAGGCGAGUGGGCUCAGAGGGGUCUGUGAUCUCAGGAAGCCCUGGAAGACCUCCAGUCAGCCUGCGGCUUCGGGGACCACGAGUUGCGUCCACUGUUCCUGAUCUGCAGAGCUUGUGGGCGCCCCCCAAAUUGGAACCUCUUACUCCACCCCCUGCCUACGAUGUCAGCUUUGGUCACCUCGAUGAUGAUGUUUUCUAUGGAAACAACUGGACACCCCACUAAAGGACUUUCCCAGGAUAUGUCGUCUUUCUGCACCAGACCCAGUCAUUCAUUCGAACAGUGCUUCCCAGUGCCUGUUAUGUGUCAGGAACUGCGUCUCCACCUGGAUGUCACAAAUGAUGACUUUAACCCAGAGGGGAGUGAGGCUAUGGUGAGCCCUUCCCAGUUUUACAGUGGCACAUCCCAGGGAUGUAGGCGGCACAAUUUGAGUCUUCAGGCAAUAUUCAGUGACCUACCCCAUACCUGGUAUUUCCAGAGUUAGACUGAGGGUGAGAUGAGGAGAUUCCAGAGAAUCUAGUGAAGGAAGAAAAGAAACAAUAUCUGAGUGACAGCUCUGUUGCUUCUGUUCCAGGUGCUUUGCCUCUAUUAGAUCACAAAAAUGAGGUAUUAUUGUCCUCAUUUGAAAAACGAGGAUCCUAAGGGUCAGAAAAAAUUGAUAAUUUGCACAGGGGCACACUGCUAGUAAAUAACACACAAAUGUCUUAAAUUCUGCUCUUCUGAUCCCAUAGCCCUUGUGUUUUCAAUACAAGGCAACAGAAGCCAGUUCAUGCACAUAUCUCUCAAUUUCUGUCUUGGUCAAUGGCUGGUGAGGGGUAGAAGACUUCGUGUAGACAGAAUGGGGGACCAGCUGUGUCUGCAGACAGGGAGUGCUGAGUGGGACCAGGAGUGUGCCCAGCCUCCUAGAGGAGCAGAGCUGAUCAAAACUGUGAUGGCCCCUGCUCCAGAUGGGAAAUUCCUGCCCCGGGGGGCUAGACAGCAGUCCCCAGUGCAGGAUCCCAUCCUAUCUAGAAGCAGUGGAGUAAACUGCCCCAGGGGUAGGGACAUCUGAUUCUGAGGAUGGGUGGAUAUGAUGGUCAGAAAAGAGAAAACCCGAGGUCCUUUGCGAGGGGUGGUGGAGCAUCUAAGGAUCCCUCUUGCAUCAUCUAUUAUGAAGCACUGGAAACACUUGCACUGUCUGCAAUAGCUUCAGCCUCACCCCUGCGCCUGACCCCGCUGGGUUUUACCCGAGGACCCCCUGCCCUGUUUCCUCAGAUCCAAACAGAACACCAGCUUCUCUAAUCAUGUGCUGUGCCUGUGAUGCAGGUUUGAGCCAACCAUCGCUGACCCACGCUCAUUCUUUACGCGGGUAUCUGUCUAGCGCCUUCUAGUUCUGUCCUUGUCCUCCUUACCCUGGUCCCAACAGUUAACUUUAAUAAAGUGAAAAGCCCGGCCA